AAAAAACAUACAAGUCAGAGAGAGAGAGACUUGAAUUAUGAGGUGAGUCUUGUAGAGUUCUGUUUUCUUUUUGGUAAAUCUUCUGAUUACUUAUCAAUUUAACGCAUUAUGCCAUUAAUGUGGAUAAAAAAAUAUUAAAAACUGCCCGUUAGGUGAGGAGGACUGUCGAGAAGUCAAUUUGUUAACCAUUAAAAUAUUUUAGCGUGUGUUAGGUCAGGAUUGUGAAAUCAAUUUGUCCAACUUCUACACGUCUCUUACAGCGAGCCAAGAAAAAACCCCUACCUUAUAGCGUGCGAAAAACAUACAACUCAGAGAGAGAGAGAGAGAGAGAGAGAGAGAUUUACACCUGCUUUUGAAGGUUCAAUUCGAGAAGUUUAAGGAACAAUGGAAGCAAAACUACAAACAUUUGGGAGCUCCCUCCUUGUACCUUGUGUUCGAGAGCUGGCCAAAGAAUCACCGACCAUAGUCCCAUCCAGGUAUAUUCAGCGUGAUCAAGACCCUCCAAUAACAUCAUAUGCGACUUCAAUUCCCGAUGUCCCAAUAAUCGACAUGGAGAAAUUGCUUUCUGGAGAUCAUAUGGAGUUGAAGAAGCUGGACUCUGCAUCCAAAGAGUGGGGAUUCUUCCAGUUAAUAAACCAUGGAGUGAGCUCUGCAUUAUUGGAGAAAGUGAAGUUGGAGAUCAGUGAAUUCUUUAACCUCCCAAUAGAAGAAAAGAAGAAAUUCUGGCAGGAUUUGGGAGAUAUUGAAGGAUUUGGGCAGUCCAAUGUUUUGUCUGAGGAGCAGAAGCUUGAUUGGGGAGACAUGUUUUUCUUGACCACCCUUCCAACCCAUUCAAGAAAACCCCGCCUUUUUCCCAAGCUUCCACUCCCCUUCAGAGACACUUUGGACAAUUAUGCUAAUGAGUUGAAACAUCUCGCCGUGAAGAUUCUUGAUUUUAUGUCCAAAGCUCUGAAAAUGAAGGCAGAGGAGAUGAGAGACUUGUUUGAAGAAGGGAGGCAAUCAAUGAGGAUGAAUUAUUAUCCUCCGUGCCCACAACCAGAGAAGGUCAAUGGUCUCACUCCGCACUCGGAUGGUGCCGGCCUCACCAUACUCCUCCAAAUCAAUGAAAUGGAAGGUCUACAGAUCAAGAAAGACGGGAUGUGGGUUCCUGUUAAACCCAUCCCUCAAACCUUUGUGGUCAACAUUGGGGACUCUCUAGAGAUUGUCACCAAUGGAGCUUAUCGCAGCAUCGAGCAUCGAGCAGUAGUGAACUCUAGGAAGGAGAGGCUGUCGAUUGCAACAUUUUACAGCCCCAGAGUUGACGGAGAAAUGGGUCCUGCACCUAGUUUGAUUACCCCACAAACUCCUGCACUUUUUAGAAGACUUGGGGUUUCCGAGUAUUUCAAAAGCUUUUUGGCUCAAAAGCUUGACGGGAAAUCACAUCUAGAUGCCAUGAGGAUUGAAAAAGAGCCAGAACAGCUGAAACAUCCAUAACUCAACUGUUUUAGAAACCAAAUCAUCAUUUUUGUUCUACAUAUCAAGUUUGUAAGGAGUUAUGAAGAAACUCCAACACCAACCCAUUCAGAGCACUUUGAAUAAAUUCUGUCAGUCUCACA